UAGACGACGACGACGACGACGACGACGACGACGACGAACGCAAAGACUUUUACUCUUUCUUUAUCUUUGAACAGACCAUGAAACAAAGACUUGGAAAAACUCCACAAUUCCAGUGGGCGUCGUCCACAUUAAUCAAAAACUCUCAUCUUCAUAGAAUCUCACUCAACGGUUCAGAUCUACUGGUAACGCAAACAAAACCAUAACCAGAAUCAUAAAUGUGUUAGAUCUGUCCACGCCCGUGGACUGUACUAAUUAAAGGCUGUUGCUUUCUCCAUUCUACCUUCUUCUUAUUCUUCUCCUGUAUUUCUUCCCUCUUUCUCUCGUUGUGUCUAAUUUUGUAAGAAAGAAGAAUUCUUAUUUAGGGUUCUUUACAAUAAAUGGAUUUCUGGGUGUUUUUAGUGUUCAUUCUUCUUUCUCUUCUUAAUUUCUCUCAUUCUGCAUAUCUCCCUCGUUGGCUUGGUGAUAACAAAGAUGAUGGGUCUCACUUAAAAAUGAAAGGAAGCCCUCCUGGUUUCGAUCCAACCAGAGUUACUCAACUUUCAUGGCGCCCAAGAGCUUUUUUGUAUAAGAAUUUUCUGUCUGAUGAAGAAUGUGACCACCUCAUUACUCUGGCAAAGGAUAAGCUGGAAUUAUCAAUGGUGGCUGAUAAUGAAUCAGGUAAGAGCGUAAAGAGUGAAGUCAGAACAAGCUCAGGAAUGUUUCUCACUAAAGGACAGGAUGAAGUUGUAAAGAAUAUUGAGGAAAGAAUUGCUGCUUGGUCUUUCCUUCCGGAAGAAAAUGGGGAGGCGAUGCAAAUACUGCACUAUGAGAAUGGUCAAAAGUACGAGCCACAUUACGACUAUUUCCAUGACAAGGUGAAUCAAGAAUAUGGAGGCCAGCGGAUUGCAACUGUACUUAUGUACUUGUCUAAUGUAGAGAAGGGUGGUGAGACAGUCUUCCCUGACUCAGAGGCGAAGGCGUCUCAAGUGAAGGACGAGUCUUGGUCUGACUGCGCCAAAAAGGGAUAUGCAGUGAAAACCAGGAAAGGUGACGCAUUGUUAUUCUUCGGCCUCAACUUAGAUACAUCACAGGAUCCAACAAGCUUACAUGGUAGCUGUCCUGUUAUCGAAGGUGAGAAAUGGUCUGCAACCAAGUGGAUCCAUGUUAGAGAUUUUGAUAAACGGACGACAAGAAGCACUGAUGCAGGAUGCAUAGAUGAGGACAAACACUGUGAGCAGUGGGCUGCAGUUGGUGAAUGUGACAAGAACCCAGUUUAUAUGGUGGGUACUAAAGAUGCCGCUGGAUAUUGUAGGAAGAGUUGCGGCGUUUGUUGAUUCUCAGACUGACAAGAAUCUUAUUGUCAGGUUCUUGAGUUUUGUUUUCCUUGGUUUACUUAUUAGGGCAAGUCAUAUCAGAGUUGUACUACUUGAUGUACAUAACAAUUGAAAUAUGAGUUACUGAAUAUCAGAAUCUGGGCGGAUCAAACUUCCGGUUAGCCCUUUGGAAGUAUAGUAGUGUAGUAGUAAUUAUAAGUGCAGAUAUUUCUUGCAUCCUCGUAUGGAACAUGGUGAAGCGUAAUAAAAUGUUGGGUAAUAAUGUCGCUGAGGGUAAUAAUGUAGAUGUAAUGUCAGCUAAAUUCAACUCUGGCUGAGCACUAAGUUGUUGAUUUUGGUAGUGCACAAGUUGAAAAGUGGCACCGUCAUUUUGGCUUGCA